CAUCGCCCAACCUCUGCUUAACUUCCUCGCCAAACUAGAAUAGCGCACCAUUAAUAGGCGUGCUGCUAGAGGUUCCGAGCUGAGAUGCCAGUUAAGCGAAAAGCUAGCGGAGGCGUUGCUGGGGGAGCAAAGGCUGGGCGAUCAUCGCGGGUGUCAACACCUGGUGCUGCGACACCUCGAGAAAUCGACAGCGACGAUGAGUACGAAGAAGGCGAGGAGGAGGCAGUUGUCGACGAAGUCCUUGAGCGAGAUAUCGACAAGAAUAUAGACCAGUUCUCGCUUGACAGAUAUCAACGACACCAUGACGUGAAAGAGCCUCUACCUCACAUCUUCGGAAACAAUGACUUUUCGUAUCUCGACCUGAAGAAAGACCACCAGAAUCGCCCUCUGUGGAUCGACCCUCAAAAGGGGAGAAUUAUUCUAGAAAGUUUCAAUCCAUUGGCCGAACAAGCGCAGGACUUUCUCAUUACCAUCGCCGAACCGUUAUCGAGACCGACCUUUAUGCACGAAUACGCCCUUACUACCCAUAGUCUGUACGCUGCCGUGUCCGUCGGCUUAUCACCUGCCGAUAUCAUUAAUACCCUCGAGAGAUUUCUCAAAACUCCUCUACCUAGCGAGAUCAGAUCGUUUAUCAACGGCUGCACGCAAAGCUACGGCAAAGUCAAGCUGGUGCUGAAGAAUACAAAGUACUAUGUCGAAAGUCCUGACCCCGAUAUGCUACAAACGCUUUUGAAGAACCCGAAAAUUGGACCCCUUCGUGUCCAUGGAUCAGAAGAAAUCGUUACAUCUGCGGCACCCAAGAUUGGAGGUCUGGUUAUUCCUGGUACUAAGAGCGCUGCUGGCGUGAAGCAAGCGAAUGGACAAGAUGGACAGGGCAUACAGGAGCGGGAUGUCAUGGCGGCCUUGAACGACGACGACGACGAUGACCAAGACGUGACGCACGCCUUUGAGAUUGCUGAUAAGGAUGUCGAAACUGUGCAACGAGAGUGUCUCAAUUUGGGAUUCCCCGUCCUGGAAGAGUACGAUUUCCGCCGCGACGAAGCCAACGCCAACCUCGACAUCGACUUGCGUCCCGGUACACAGAUUCGUCCUUAUCAGGAAAAGAGUCUUAGCAAGAUGUUUGGUAAUGGCCGUGCUAAAAGCGGUCUUAUCGUCUUGCCUUGCGGUGCUGGCAAAACACUUGUGGGAAUCACAGCGGCCUGCACAAUCAAAAAGGGUGUCAUUGUGCUUUGCACCAGCUCCAUGUCUGUCGUGCAGUGGCGCAACGAAUUCCUCAAGUGGUCCAACAUCAACCCAGACGAUAUUGUCGCCUUUACAUCCGACUCGAAGGGAUCUGUUUUCACGGGAAGCACCGGUAUUAUUGUAACCACAUACUCCAUGGUGACACAGUCGAGAGCACGAUCAUAUGAUGCUGAAAAGAUGAUGCGAUUCUUGACUGGCCGUGAAUGGGGUCUGAUGUUGCUCGACGAAGUUCACGUUGUACCUGCCAACAUUUUCAGAAAGGUCACGUCGUCUAUUAAGACGCACUCGAAGCUUGGUCUUACGGCAACAUUGCUGCGAGAAGAUGAUAAGAUUUCGGAUUUGAACUUCCUUAUUGGACCGAAGCUGUUUGAGGCAAACUGGAUGGAGUUGUCGAAGCAAGGACACAUUGCCCGAGUCCAAUGUGCUGAAGUGUGGUGCCCUAUGCCCACCGAAUUCUACGACGAGUAUCUCAGAGCGCCUUCCAGAAAGAAGAACUUGCUGUAUAUUAUGAAUCCGCGCAAGUUCCAAGCGUGCCAGUAUUUGAUCAAUUAUCACGAAGCAAGAGGCGAUAAGAUCAUUGUCUUCUCUGAUAAUGUGUAUGCCUUGAAGGCAUAUGCUCUGAAGCUUGGCAAAGCCUUUAUUUAUGGUAGUACCGGCCAAGCAGAGAGAUUACAAGUCCUGGAGAACUUCCAGCACAAUCCCAACGUUAACACGCUAUUCUUGUCAAAGAUUGGUGAUACCUCACUGGAUCUUCCCGAAGCGACGUGUCUGAUUCAAAUUUCAUCGCACUAUGGUUCGCGCAGACAAGAGGCGCAGCGUCUUGGCCGCAUCUUGCGUGCUAAGCGAAGAAACGACGAAGGCUUCAACGCGUUCUUCUACUCUUUGGUGUCCAAGGACACGCAGGAGAUGUACUUUUCGUCCAAGCGACAAGCCUUCCUAGUCGAUCAAGGUUAUGCCUUUAAAGUCAUUACACAGCUGGCGAACAUAGAGAAGACACCAGGCUUGGCGUUUGCAACGGCAAGCGAGAGACGCGAGUUACUGCAAAAGGUUCUUGUUGAAAACGAGACUAUGGACGAUGAAGAUCCAACCGACGACUUAUUUCACAGCGGGACCAUGGGUCGGACGAAGAAGAGAGGUGCUAGACGAACUGCUGGCACUUUGGGAGAGCUCAGCGGUGGCCAAGAUAUGGCUUACAUUGAGCAGAAUAAGAAGCUUAACCAGUCACUCAAGAAGGGUAAAGGAAAGCAGGAUCAACACAAAUUUUUCAAGAAGCUUAGGAGGGAGAAUGCUAGACGCACUGCGGGCGAAUAAAAUGACACCAUCUGUGGGAUGUACUGGAUAUUGGCAUUGGGACGGCGUUAUUUUGGCUUAAAUCUACACCAUGUAUUAUAAGAACAAGAAUGUAAACUUUAUCAUGUCCGCAA